UAAGAGGAGUCCACCAACACAAAUACCACCACCGGAAAAAUUCCAAGCCGUUGUCCGACAGGUGCAAACUCAUCGAUGGGGUCUGUCACAGGUGAAGCAGCGAUACUUUGACGGUUUGCCCAUGACAACCUUGCUGAAGAACCUAGUGCGGGAUCGAAAGGAUACAAAAGAGCACGUGGCGAAGACAAUAGAGUGGUUUCAUUCGCAGGUCACUAAUUUUGAGGAAAUAAUGCCCUAUUAUCUGAACAAAUACUUUGGUGAGUGAUUUAUUGGUAAAUUGAUUGUUUCAUGAAUCAAUUAUCCUACAUUCCAUACACAAACCGCUGCAUGAAAUCAUCCGCAAGAUUUUAGUCUGCAUCCCAUAUUUGUCACCUUCGUUUUCAAUAAGUUGGUAUUUCGCAUGCAGAAUGAUCGAGAAUCAGAUAGGUAUACAUACUCACACAACGUAUUUUAUUGCACAAACAAUGAAUGAAUGUGCUAUGCACAGCGUACGAUCCCAGUAAUCAAAAAUAUCGUGACUUGAGCUCCUACUUUUGGGAAACCUAUACAACCUACGGGGGUGUGUGGAGGGACCAGCCCCUUUGGGCUUACACAUUGCAUCGUUUCAACGUAACGCCCGCUGUUAUGACCACAGAGGGAACCAUUACCAAGGGAGGUGAUUUGUUCCAAACUGGCGGGAAAUUGGGUUGGGGAAAACACGUGUACGUCUAGCUCCCACGUUCAGGCCAAAAAAGGAGGAGAAGAAAGACACAGGUACGCUGCGGAUAUUUUUGACGUUGCUGAGGAUGGCUGCAGGAAUCAGCGGUGCCGUCAGCCGAUUUGGCACGUCUCAUAUCAGCGUAGCAAUGCACAUUGAUAAUUCAGGUUAAACCGUAGCUCUACGACUAAAUGCAGGUAGAGAUU